GACAUAUUGUAGGUUUAAAAGGAAUAGUUAAAACAAUAUUCACACAGAUAUUAAUAAUAUUUAUUUAUUAAAAAAAAUGUUGCUGAUUAGAUGUUGGUUUAAAAUUAUUUUUAUUGUUACAAUAGCGCUACAUGAAGCACAUGGACAGGAUUUUUCCUAUUUAGGCUCAUACGGACCUGAACACUGGGGAGAGCAAUACACUUCAUGUAGCGGAAAACAGCAAAGUCCAAUUAAUAUCGAUUUAGUUAGAACAAGAAAUUUUUCAUUUCCACCAUUAAUAAUAAAAGGUUUUGAUGAAGUGCCAAAAUCUGCUGUCCUUAAAAAUAAUGGCCAUACCGUUGUAGUAACAAUGGAUUUUGAAGAAGAUCCAACCAUAAGUGGUGGACCACUAAAUGAUACUUAUAAAUUAGCUCAGUUUCACUUUCAUUGGGGUGAUGACGAUGAUCGAGGAAGUGAAGAUUUGAUAAAUAAUCAUAGCUUUCCAGUGGAGUUGCAUAUGGUAUUAUUUAAUCAAAAAUAUGAAGAAUUCAAUAAUGCAGCGCAUAACGUUGAUGGUUUAGUAGUUUUGGCAUAUUUUUUCACGAUCGCAAAUGAGACGAAUUUGGCGUACGUUGGAUUGUCAUUCUUAUUGGAAAAAAUCGUCGUGCCCGACCAUCCAGUAAAAUAUUCUUACGUACCAAAAUUGCAAUAUUUAAUUAGUGACAACUUUGAAAACUAUUUUACAUAUACUGGAUCUUUAACAACACCUCCUUGCUCAGAAGUCGUAACGUGGAUUGAUUUUGAGACACCUAUUCCAAUAACGUCUGAACAAAUUAAAAAUUUUCGUGCUUUGCGAACUAAACAAGAUCAACCUUUAACUCAUAAUUACCGACCUACUCAGCCACUUAACGGUAGGGUUGUUUAUCGUAAUAUGAACUACACGGGAGCGUUCAAAAAUCCAAAAAUUUCUCAGGAUGACAGUGAUAGAAAAAUUUAUAUUAAAAAAAGUAUAAGUAACAAAUUAAACUUGAAUAUAAAAUUAUAUAUGAUGUUAUAUAUGAUUAUUGUUAGCAGGGUAAAUGCAAUUUAAAACGAAAAUUUUUAUUAUUUUUAUGAUUUUGAGAUGUAAUUUUUUUACAUUAAAAAAUAUUUCCAAUAUCAUAUUCUAUAAAAACUAAAAAAAAGUAAAUUAAGUCAUAAGUAAUUAUUUGGCUUUUUCAAUUUCAGUUAUCAACUUUUAUACGUCAACUUGAAGUUUGGGUAACCAGAGUUAUUAUAGUGUAUUAUGUAUUAAUGGUUUAUUUUGAAAAUGACCUAAUCCAUUUCCCAAAAUAAGUUGAACUACCUA